AUGUCCCUCGUGGUUACUGAGAAAGGCAAUUUCCAGCACAUUUUGCGUCUGCUGUCGACUAACGUCGAUGGUAACACCAAGAUCAUGUACGCCCUUACCACUAUCCGUGGUGUUGGUGCCCGUUACGCCAACUUGGUCUGCAAGAAGGCCGAUGUCGACAUGGCUAAGCGCGCUGGUGAGCUUACCGUUGAGGAGCUCGAGCGUAUUAUCACCAUCAUCCAGAACCCUGGCCAAUACAAGAUCCCUGGCUGGUUCCUGAACAGACAGCGUGAUUUCACCGAUGGUAAGGACUCUCACUUGCUCGUCAACCACCUUGAUACCAAGCUGCGUGACGAUAUUGAGCGUAUGAAGCGUAUGCGUCUGCACAAGGGUCUGCGUCACUACUGGGGCUACCGUGUCCGUGGCCAGCACACCAAGACCACCGGUCGUCGUGGUGGUGUUACUGGUAUUGUCCGCAAGCGCUCUUAA